AUGCCUCCACAUCCCUCACCACGCAGCAACGACCCGAUCCAACGCGGCCUCACAUCCCCCUCCCCCAUCGAAACAACCACCUUCUUCCUAGGCCGCCUCGCCUCCCCCGUCCUCCAAUACGGCAUCCUCAAACGAUCCUGGGGCGCACCCCUCCUCCACCGUCUCCACGGCACUACCCUGCCCUCCGGUCCACCAUGGAUAACUGCCACGCCUCUCGACCGCCUGGGUCUCUCACCUUAUCGGACGAUCCUAUGGGCGAUGAGUGUAGGAAGUGUAGCGAAGCAGAAUUACCACCUAUUGGCGACAAUGCAAGAGAAGUUGAAGCCGGGCUUUGGCGCGCAGGUGGCAGUUUUCAAUGCAGUGGCGGAUACGAUUAAUAGCAUGUUGUUCGUAUGUGCGCAGACGAGCGCGAGUGUGAAUGGUGAGGGGUUUCCGCAGACGCCGUUGAUAGUGGGCGGGGCGUUGUACGUGACGGGAAUACUGGUGGAGCUGGUGAGUGAGCAGCAGAGGCAUAACUGGAAGAGGAGGGACGGAAACAGGGGGAGAGUGUAUGGAGGUGGUUUAUUUGGACUGGCGAGGCAUAUCAACUACUUUGGUUACACCUUGUGGAGGAUGGGGUAUGCGCUGGCGGCGGGAGGGUGGACUUGGGCUGGUGUUUUGGCGGCGUUGUCGUGUUGGCAGUUCACGCAGGUGACGAUUCCGGCGCAUCGGGAGUAUCUGGAGGGGAAGUAUGGCGAGCAAUAUCGCGCGUAUGAGGAGGCUACGCCGUACAGGUUCAUUCCGUACGUCUAUUAG